AUGCCCCCAGAAGCUGCCUGGCGUUUCGAAAGCAAUGUCGAAGAUGCGGAAUUUGGAAUCAUUUUGCCAACGUCUGUAGACAGCCUCCCACAAGAUGGCUCACUUGCAGCUCCCAACCUCCACGUCAAGUUCAGCAGCUGGAUCUUCAGGACUGUGAACGUUCUAUCUAAGAAAGAGCUGUGCCACCUGCAACAAUACUCUCUUAUACCAUCUUCUGUGAACGUGGUCACCUACUCUGGUGAGAGACUCCCCAUUGUAGGGGAGGUAACUGUGAAGUGCAGUACCAGAAAUGACACGCAUCAGGUGACGUUUGUUGUAGUAGAGCUGUGUGCUAGCCCUAUCUUGGGGUUAGAAGCAUGCAAAAGGUUUGGACUACUUCAAAGACUAGGCUCCCUGAAUAGACCUCCAGUGUCUGCAACAACUCAGCAAGACCCCUACGAAUUACUAAACAGUUGCUCUGAUGUGUUCGAAGGAACUGGACGUCUCCCAGGGGAGCACCACAUCAUGUUGCACGCGAAUGCUGAUCCUUCAAUUUCACCUGCUCGGAAGAUACCAAUUGCACUGGAGGACCAGUUCAAACGUGAACUACAACGAAUGUUGGAUCAAAAGGUCAUUGCUAAAGUGACUGAACCAACCGACUGGUGCAGUCCUAUUGUCAUCAUUACUAAGGCAGACGGCACUCUAAGACUCUGCAUGGACCCUCGUAGUCUCAACAAAGCUAUCAAACGGACCGCAUACCAACGCAGGAUGAGCUGUUUGCGCGCUUACAUGGAAAUCAUGCCCUAUGGAGUCAGUUGUGCACCUGAAGAGUUUCAACGAAAAAUGGAUGAGCUUUUCCAGGGUGAACCAGACAUAUGCCCAUACUUUGACGACCUCCUUGUCGCUUCUGCUAACCUUGACGACCAUUACAAGCAACAGGCAAGGGUAUUCGAAAUAGCACGAAAGCACAACAUGAAAUUCAACAGAAGUGAGCUUCAGCUUGUGUCUCCUAUGGCCACUUACCUCGGUCAUGUGAUUACGCCAGAAGGAAUUAGACCUGACCCCGUCAAAGUCAAGGCUAUAUCCGAGUUCCCGACACCGACAAGCAAAAUCGAUGCCAGCUCGCAGGGGUUGGGUGCCGUCCUCCUCCAAGACAACCGCACGGUUGCUUAUGCGUCAGCUGCCCUCACCGAGAGUCAGUGCCGUUUUUCUCAGAUUGAGAAAGAACUACUAGCAGUUGCAGGCUACAACGGCUGGCAGAAGUACGAUUUACGUUUAGAGUACGUACCUGGGAAGGACUUCGUUAUUGCGGACACUCUGUCACGGGCACCACUUCAGUCUGUUACAAUCACAACCGUGGAGCAAACUUCCAAACAAGCAACUCUUGCUCUGUUGGUAACGGCAUCGUCAGGUGUUCUUGACAUGAUUCGCCAUGCUACAAUAGAAGAUGAGCAUUUACAGACUAUUAUAGCUUACUGCUGCAAUGGCUGGCCUCCUAGUCGGCGCCACUUGAGUCGAGAGCUUCAGCCUUAUUGGGAUUGUCAAGAUGAGCUUCACUUUGAACAAGGUCUCUUGUUCAGGGGAAUGCGACUUGUCAUCCCGGACAAGUGCUGA